UCACCCUUGGAAAGGAUACGAAUCCAUUCAGCUUGGAAUGCAAUGGGGAUCAAUCGGGGUUCGGUCUUAUCCCUUGGUGUCCUGAAUGGUCACCCCCGUCCCAAUCAUCCUCCCGUCAAAGUGAACAAAUCUCGACAUCUGCGUCCAAAUUUGAUAUUCCACCAGUAAACUAUGUUUGUCACACCGCCUCUCCUGUCCACAAGCGUCUGGCUCAGUCAACUCAUUCGGCCGCAAUCAAUAAAUCGGCCAGUCGUGGUGCAUAUCCUCCAGCACAGGAGAUUGACCCUUUGGCUGCUCUGUUUGGUCAAUCCCCGUUGCAAAGUCUCGAUGCUUCACUCAAUUGUCCGCAUUACAAACAUGGUUUUAACCAAUUGUGCGUGAUCUGCUGGCUAAACAAUCCGGACCAGUGGGUGUUCGGACCGGCACUUAGCCCGCUGGACCGCUCGAUUUUCGCCUGUUUGGACAAACUGGCCAAUAUGGCUAACUCUGUUGCCGGUCUGACGACCGCUUCCACAUUGUUGUCUCGUCCCACAGAGGCUCAAGCGGAACUACGAUCCGGUCUGGCUUCACCUAGCGCCACGGUAUGGCCCAACAUUCUGAUCCGAACUGAUCCUUGCUCGACCAGUGGCGCCGUCUCACUUCAACCUCCUUGUCCACCUCGCAAGCGUCAAUUGUCCUGUGAUAGAUUAGACCGAUUGUUGAACAUAAAUUCGGGUUGGUCCAUAAUCCGUUCAUUCUGUUGCACUGUGCAUAUAUGUAAUUAUUCGAUUUUAUUGAUUUUGAAAGUGAUAAAAGUAUGUAACUCAGGAAAUAAGUAUUUAGCUAUUUAA